AUGGUCGCAAUAAUACCUCUCCUUCUGGCUUUAAUCCCAUCAACUACGGCAAACUGUUAUUGGCCCAACGGCGGUGUUGCUGGAAACUACGUUACCUGUCCUAAUAGCAAGGUCUGCUGUCUCAAAGGCGAGGCUUGUCUCUCAAACGGGUUCUGUUACGCUGCAAGAUACAACGUUGCAUAUCGCGGUGCCUGCACCGAUACAUCGUGGCCGAUUGCCGAAUGCCCUCGAGCAUGUUAUGACACAAUCACAGACCAGUGGGCUAAUCUCUUGACAUGCUCCGGUACCGCGAGAGGCAACUUUACGUGCAGUAAAGCCGUCGACGGCAAAACUGCCUGCGAACAAAAUGUGGAAACAUGGAUGUGGGAGGGAGACUCUGGUGUGAAUGUGACCGCCGCCCAGGAUGGUCUCUCGUCAACUUCGUCCACGGCAUCAUCGAGCGCGACCUCCAGCUCACCAUCCGCUACGCUCGCGUCGCUUUCAUCCGCAAAUACCUCGGCAUCCGCCGCGGAGAAAUCGUCUUCGGGUACAUCAAGCAGCUCAGCGAUUGCCCUCGGGGCGGGAUUGGGUGCGGGCCUAGGCGUGCCUCUGGUACUUGCUAUGGCACUUCUAGUAUAUUUCUGCAUUCGAAUGCGACGUCGAUCCUGCGUCACUAGUCACAUCCAAGACACCAAUUGGACGGCAAAUGGGCAUUAUUUGGGCCCAGUAAUAACUACCCGGGAGGCGCCGCGUGAGCCCUUCGAGCUGGUGGGCUCAAAACACGAUCGAGAUCGCUCCGAACUACAUGGAUAA